ACAGUAAUUACAAGGAAUUUUCCCAAAAUGAGUGCAAGUAAAAGUGGAUUGUUCUUUCUAGCAACAUUUUUUAUAUUUAGUUUAGUUCAGUCUACAGAAUUUGUCCCAUGUUUCAUUUGGUCAAAUAAAAGAACCAACGAGCACAUUCCCGCAUUAAAUAAAGUUAGUCAAGACAUUUUUAAAGAAAAUAUAGAGCAGUACUUGAAAGAUGAUCCAUUGAUAGUCUUAUUUGCUGAACAAACUUUAAGUCCAGAAGAUUUUGCUCAAAAGGAUGAAAGAGGUUUAACAUUCUCCAACUUAGCAAAACUUGCAAAAUCAUUGAAAGUUUCUUAUUUGCCAUAUGUACAAAACCCCAUCAAGGCUUUAAAACAUCUGGAUGUUACAGUUACUGAAGUUCCUCUUGAUAAGUUUGGUAAAAACUUCGAAAUUCCAGAGACUGAUAUACUUAUUGUUAACCUUAACGAUGCUAAGGAUUCUGAAAGCCGAUCAGAUAUGUUGAAAAGGCAUGAUGCUGCUAUACCUGAAAUUUACGAAUAUCUUGCAAGCACUAAUAACAAUGUAUUGGGAAUGUACACUGCUCAUCACACCUCGUGGGUUGUAUCUGAAGAAGUUAUUAAAUCUAGACAAGCAAGAUCUUUAAUGGGGGUGGAAAACAGUGAAACUGCUAAAGCCGGAGAGAAAGUUGUAGAAAAAGCUGAUGAAGUGCCAGAAAAAUUCUAUAAUCAUACAGAUGUAUAUCUGUAUAUCUCAAAUGCAACAUACAUAAAUGAUAAAAACGAAGAAAAAGAAGUUAGUCUAACGUAUUCAGUUGAGAACUCCUCAUCGAUAAUCGUCCUUAACCUUGACUGCACCGAAUUUAAGUUGCGCAUUGAAUUCUCAAGUAACGGUAGUGUUGGAUACUGGGAGCAAGUGGGUAAUAUUACAGCAAAUACCAGCGAAGGUGAAUUUGUACUCAAAUCAACUGCAAGCAUCUAUGCUCCAAAAGGAUUUUCCUACCACUGCGGUGACCAGUACUUCUCCGCCGAGAAAUUCAGCAUAAAAUUGCAAGAUUUUCAAAUUCAACUAUUCUUUGAUGAACCUAGCACCACUGGUAAAUUCGGCGAUGCUUACGACUGUGUUGGUUUCACGACUGUUCCAAUUUGGUCUGGUUUGUUCGUCACAACAAUUUUGUUGAUCAUUAUGUCCAUUGGCAUCACAAUGAUGAUGGACAUUAGAACGAUGGAUAGAUUUGAUGAUGCCAAGGGCAAAACUAUUACUAUAAACGCGGAAUAAUUCUAAUCGCUAAUUAUAAAGCUAUUUUGCUAAGCCUGAAUCGUUUACUAGUAAUAUCACAGUUUCUUAUACACAUUUGUACUAAAGUUACCACAAUGAACACUUUAUACUAAAAAUGGCUCUAAUAAUGUAUAUAUAUACAAUGUAUUCCAUUUAGUUAAAUAAUUGUACCUGUGGUUCAUGUAUAUUAUUAAUUUACCAAUAAAUGACUUGAUUU